AUGCACAACGCGCUGACCGCCCUUGCCAGUGUCUUCUUUCUCGUUUCUUCAACAAAUGCUCUUUACUUUCCUCGAUUCCGCCUCUCAUCAACAAAGGCCCUACAUCACGAUCUCACGAAUAAAUGCACCUUUACGCUCUGGCAUAAGCAACUCUGCACCGCCUCCAGAAAGACAAAUUAUAUCCAAAUAUUCGAAAUCGAAGACCAUGCCAACAAUCUCACUAUAAACAUCGCGGAGUUACAGCCCGCAGUAUCGCGAAACAGCUACACCAAGAUCUCUGCCAGCGAUGUUUUCGCUAUCAAGGGACUGCUUGAUGACAAGAGUCUUGCAAUAGGAGCUUCGCAGUUCAACGAUGAUGAAGUGUUGUUUCAGAAUGACGAAAUCUUAUUUAGCAGUGCUUCGAAGAACAGUGAGGAGGCGUGGUGUGUCACAGGGGAGUGGGACAUCGAGAGCUGGGGCAACGGAAGAUGGAAUGCGCAUUCCCAUGCAGAGUGA